AUAUAUAUAUAUAUAUAUAUAUAUGUUGGUGGGUUAAUUUUGCCCAGUUGGUGACUUAACAAUCGGCGAAUAAAUUGCAUAUAAACUAUUUAUAAUAAAUUUUAAAACAUUUACAAUAACAAAAUACACAAUGAGUGGCGGCAAGCAUUUAGCUAAAGGUUCACAAAAACCAGAAUUACCUGACGAUGGAGUUUUUCGCUUGUAUUCCAUGCGCUUUUGUCCAUAUGCUCAUCGUGCUCACUUAGUACUUGACGCCAAAAAUAUUCCACAUCACACUAUUUAUAUUAAUCUUACGGAAAAACCAGAAUGGCUUACCGAAGUCAGUCCACUGGGUAAAGUGCCGGCACUACAGCUACCCAAAGAGGAAGGAAAUCCAGCUUUAAUUGAGUCACUGAUCAUUGCUGAAUAUCUUGAUGAGAAGUAUCCCGAAGUACCACUUUUUCCCAAAGAUCCACUAAAGAAAGCACAAGAUAAGAUACUUAUCGAGAGAUUCAACUCGGUGAUUAGUGCCAUGUACAAAGUGUUUCUAGGUGGCAGUGACGCAGCACCCGGUGCGCUAACUGAGAUCUCUAAAGGUUUAGAUAUUUUCGAAAAGGAGUUGAGCUCACGUGGUACACCUUACUUUGGUGGCGAUAAACCCGGCAUGUUGGACUAUAUGAUUUGGCCAUGGUGCGAGCGUUCAGCCAUGUUGAAAUACUUGCUACCCGACAAAUAUGAAAUGGAUAAGGAACGUUUUGGCAAGCUGAUUGCAUGGCGUGAUUUGAUGAUCAAUGAUCCAGCCGUAAAGGGAUUCUAUUUGGAUGGUGAAACUCAUGCCAAAUUUAUGAAAGCGCGUCGUGAAAAUGUUCACAAUUAUGAUAUGCUCGUGAACGAUGCUAAACGGCAAAAAACUUGUUGAGGAUAAAAAUCGCAUUUUAAUUGUUUUUGGUAAUAUUCGAAAGAAAAACUUGUUUCGAUUUGAUUGUAUGCCGAUUAUCAAUUUAAAAGUAACAUCAAAUAUCACGCUACUUACAUAUCCGUGUAAAUUUCUUACAGUCAUUCUUAUACAUCGCAUAUAUUUUUGUACAUAUCAGCAUAUCCAUUUGAUGAAUUCAAAUACAGCGCAUUUGUUUUGUAAUAAAUUUUUACAUAUUUUUCUCAGUGAUAUCUGAAGUGGUUUGUUGUUGUCCUUCAUUUUCGUAAGUUCAUCAAAAAUAUGUUUGUCUACGUUCAAUUUGUUUAUCUGUUGCGUGUCUAAAAGCACCCUUCAUGACCAUAUCCAUAAUGAACAUCUAUAUAUGCAUCGUUGUUAGUGCUUGUAAUUCCCUUCACAGAUGCAUUUCUUAUAGCAAAAAAAAAAGUAUAAAAAAAUUUUAUUUUGAUUUUAUUCGUUGUGUUUGUAUGGCAGUUGAAUAAAUUGCUCGGAGAUUGCACUGUCGCCUUGGAUAAUAAUCUAUGGCAAAUUGUGUGACGAUAUCUCGUCUAAUAAAAAAGUUUUCAUACAAGGAUUGUAUUUUGUUCGAUCCGUUUGUAUGGUAGCUAUAUGCUAUAGUCGUCUGAUCUGAAGAAUUUCUUUUGAUAUUGUACCGUUGCCCUAGAUAUUAAUCCGUAGCAAAUUGCGCGAAAAUAUCUUGUCGAAUAAAAAAGUGUUCCAUACAAGAACAUGUAUUUCAGUGUUCAUUUUGUAUGGCAGCUAUAUGAUAUAGUGCUCCAAUAUCGGUGGUUCCAACAAAGGAGCAGCUUGUUAAAGAGAAGAGGGCGUAUGCAAAAGAUCAGAUCGAUAUCUCAAAAAUAUGAGGGAGUAGUUCACGUACAUACAGACAGACCGACGGAUAUGGCUAAAUCGGCUCAGCUGGUCACGCUGACCAUAUAUAUAUAUAUAUAUACAUUAUAGGUCCUGACGGUGCCUUCUGGGUGUUACAAACUUCGUUAAGUUUGCCAUAAUAUGUUAUACCCUAUUCAGCGUAUAAAACUAAAAUAAUUUUCGUGCUUUGUAAGCCAAAGAUUGGAUUUGACGUUAGAGAAAAAUACUUUAUUUAAAACUGCAUUGCUGCAUAAACUGCUUAAAUAGCUAAAUACAAUAUAAUAUAUAUAUUCACUUUUCCUUUUUUUAAUCGUUAAAUAUGUAAAAUCACGAUAAAUGUAAAUAUCUUUGUGGUUUUGGAAUGAGUUUUCAAUUACUUUUAUAAUUUUCUUCUUUUUUUUCAACUACACACAUAGAGAGCGAGAAAAUUGAAAAAACAUACAUUUUGCAGACAAGUUAAGUUGUUUGUACAACUGCACAUACUCGUUUGUAUGCUUGUACUUAUGUAAACAGUUAUGUAUGUGCAUGCUUGUGUUUUAAUAAGUAUAGAAUAAAUUUAAACAUCGAAUCAAUUUAUUAUUAUUUUUUUUUUUCAGUUUAUAUGUAACAAAUUGUUGCAUAGUCUCGAAUAAAAUAUUCAAUGGUGUUAAUCUUAUUUUAAAGUUUUUUUAAAACUUUUUCGUUUACAAUAUAUUAUAUCUGCAUGCAUGUGUAUACACUUAUGAGCCCUUUGUAAGUUGGUAUAAUUCACAAAAAAAUAUUUUUUUUCCAUAUUACAUUAUAAUGUUUGUUGUUGUUUCUUCGUAGUUCAUUUAUUACUGUUAUCUCAAAGUGGUUUCGUUCAUAAUUAUUUAAAAAUGUCUGUUUUUUUGUUUUUAUUUUUUCUUAAUUAUGCGUUUUCACAAUAUAUUCAACUUCGGAAGUCCUUAACUGUUAAUCUCGUAAUGCGUACAUACAUGAAUGUUGCUUCGUUGCUGCAAAGUGAUCCAAAAUAUGUGUGUGUGUACGUGGUUGUUUUUUUUUUUUAUUUAUAUAUUUUAAAACAUUUUAACUGUACUCCUGAUGCCAUUUAUAUUUUUGUAAAAAUUUUGAUUAAAAUAGUUUGGUUGGUAUGAUUUCA